AUGCAUUUUACCACCGCCUAUCUCUCAGCUAUGCUAGCAGCUUAUGCAGCUGCGACACCGGUGGCUUCGCCCAUCGACUCCGUGACUCUACUUCCUCGUGCGCCCCCCGAAGGCAAGAUUUUAAUUGGAUAUCGAUCUUGCAGCAAGGCAGAAGCAAAAAGCACCAACAAGAUCGGUUCAAUCUAUUGGAAUGAUAAAAUGUAUGCACACUAUAAGGCAUCUGGUCAAUACGGUGUAGGAAAAUCCCUGGCCGAUAGAGCUGGGGAAUGGGAAUCUUUUCAAGACGGCGCUCCCUGGUAUUGCUAUGUUCUUGCCGACGAGGAAGCUUUCAAGGCUCAACCUAAAGCAUACCUUGAGGAACCAGAGGACGGGGUUAAAUGGACGGAGGCAAGAGCAGUAGAAGCCAUUCAGGCUAUCGAGGGAAUGGAGAACGAGGAUCCCGAUGAGGUUCUUCGUUUCGGAGGCUGCGGUCACGUCAAUGAACUUCUAGUUCCUCAGUAUCUGCUUCCUUCCGGGAAAUCAUCGGAGGGUGGGCCACUGGGUUUGGAAACGAAGUGCUUCGAUUCCCUAGAAGCUAUGAAAGAAGCAAUGGAAGAGGAGGGUCUUGGCGACGCCCCGAUAGUGAGAUUCCAUGAUUUCGAAAUAUCCGGGACAGCCUCGUUCAAACGAGGACUUGAGUUGGAGGCACGUGGGAAGAAAGAUACAACUGCCAACAUAAAAGUCGUGCCGGGUAAAGCUGGCGGCAAAAAGGUCAAGAGUGACAAGUCUGGCGACGAGACUGGUGAUGAAACAGACGCGACCGACGCGACGGACAAGGUUGGCGGCAAAAAGGUCAAGACUGAUAAGUCUGGCGUCAAGACUGGUGAUAAGAAGGACAAGACUCAGGUAAAGACUGGUGGCAACAAGCCUAGAGUUUGCAAGAUGAAGUAA